CACACCCAUACAACAUGGCGGAUGUCUCUCUGAAUGAUUUGCUGUCCUUUGGCAGUAAAAUACAGAAGAGGAUUGAGACUGGAGAGCUUACUAGAAGCGAUAAAGAUUUCAAUCCAUUACUUAAUAAGGCUAUUGAUGAUUUAUCAGUAGCUCAUGAAAGAGUAGAAACAAUUGGUUUGUUCAGUAGAAAUGAGGACAUUGAAGAAGUAGCCACGUCAGACCUUAAGUUCAUGUUGGUUCCAGCUGUAUUAGGUAACCUAUUGUUUCAGCUGAUGGAAGGAGACAGACUAACGAACCUGAUGAGAUCUAAAGAAUAUUUGAUAAUAUAUCUUCAGCGAUGCUAUGAUUAUGCCAUCACCACAGAGCCUCCAGUAGUUAGUGAGUCAUCAGAAGGGGCAGGACUAGCUCCACCCACUCCACCAGUCGCUGUACAGCAUAAGAAAACAAUACAGCAAUUAUCGGCUGAGAGAGACAAGAAAAUGGCAAAGUAUCGAUCAAAGAAAGAACUGGAAAAGAAAUUAAAAGAAGUGACAUCAUUGAUUGACUCCGCCCCCUCCACCCACGCAGUUGAUGAAGAGAUCCUUCGUGACCAUACACUAACUAGUAUUAAGUUAUGGGAGCAUGAAUCAAGGGACUGUAUUGGAACCAUAUCUCAGGAAAUACAAUUAUUAUCAAUGAGACCCCCUACUGGGGCUACCCCUCCUGUGGCUGAGGCUCCGCCCAAGCCACGCCCAUCACAGAAGCCACUAGUGAUAACGAGAGAAAUGCUAAAGGGGAAUGUGUUUGGUGCUGGAUACCCCUCCCUCCCUUCUAUGACUGUUGAGGAAUUUUAUGAUAAAACAUACAAGGAACAAAUUGAGCGUCAACAACAGGAAAACACUAAUAAAACUGCGGCUCAUGCAUCACACGAAGAAGUAGAGGAGAAGGAACUAACUGAAGAGGAGGAACAGGAAAAGUUGAGAAAAGAAAGAGAAUUCGAUGAUUAUAAAGACGACCACAGAAGAGGUUGGGGCAACAGAAAGAACAUGGGAUGAACUACCUUGGAAACUUUAGACAUUAAUUUAGAAUUGUAUUGUUUUAUUUUUAUUGUUGCAAUUCUUGUAGUAAUGUUUAAGAUAAGAUAAUUUUCACUGCA